AUGGCAGAGCAACUUCGGUUUUUCAAGGUCAAAGCUGAAUUAGCAGCACCAUCUAUUUCAACAGUCAAAGAACUUGCCUCCGAUGAUACCAACAGCAAAGCAGAAACCUGUGAUUCGUUCACCAGUAGCCAUAAUAACAGCAAUUGGCAACUCAUUGUGAUGCAAGAAAAGAAGGGAGGGCUGAUAUUUCAGACCAAUAUUAAGAAUAUAGCCGACGUAGUAAACUUUCUGAACGAAACUGUACAUUAUUUCAUUUCUUACGAUUCACCAUUACGCACGCCUUCGUAUUUUGCAGACCGCUCCUGUCAGAAACUCACUAUAACAAACAAGUUAUUAGAACUAGAGUCUGUUCUUCAUGAUGUAUUCAAGAAAAACAUAAAAACCAAGCGAUCUUAUCUAAAAAAAGCAUUGAUACGGCUUUAUUUUCAUUGUUUUGGCAAGACAUAUUUGAUUUUCUCAAAGCCUUAUUUUUUACCUUUAUUCGAAGCUCAACUGGACUCUAUGACGGCGUCUGCCAUUGCUGCCUUCAUCACUUACUCUCAAUGUAGGCAUGUUCCAGCCGUUAUCUCACCCUUGAGCCGUGAAACUGUAGCUGAGUUUUUCCGACAAGAAGCAAAAAGUAUGCUGGAAGAUGCUUUGUUUGAAGAAGAACCAAAUAUCAUGACAGUUGGGACAUUGAUGUUGUUAUGUCAAUGUGCUAUGGUCACGUUACAAAAUAAAGAAGCAAGGCUAUACAUCAGCUUGGCGUGGCGUAUGGUGAUCCAGCUAAAAGAUAAAUACACUCCUAUUCUGCAGAACAUGACCGAAGAGACAUUGGUUACACCGGAAGUAAUCAUGGCAGAGACUUGGCGGCGCAUGUUUUAUACGGUUCGGUUUCUGGAAGUCACCAUGUUCGUUAUUCACGAUGGUUUAGUUGAUUGCUCCCCUUUUCUGAUAGGAAGCGGCAUCGGCUAUCCCAUGAGUUUAUCGAACGAGCGCCCCUUCAAAGACUGCGUUGACGCCGUCAAUGCGUUCCGUUCUGUGGUCCAAUUGCAUAGUUGUCAAUUGUCGACUCAGGCUGAUGAACUACGAUACCAACUCUUAGCUGGAAGUUUGGAUACAAUUGCAGUCUCUGAUAUUGAACGAUUGGAAAACCAGCUUGUCAACUUUUGGAAAUCAUUACCGCCAUCAUUCAGGUUAUCUGAUUCACCCGUAGAACAUCUACAAAUGGAUCGUAUCCAGCAGUGUGACAAUCCCCAUGCCAUCUAUCUGAAUCAAUUGUAUUAUGCCUAUUGGCUAGGAUUACAAACGCGAUUGAUGCGAGCACCUUCUGCAGCAGAAACACUUGAUGUAGAUAUGAAUAGAUUUGAUGGAGACCGUGCUUUGUUCUUAGUCUCUGUAUGCUGUGAUUCUUUGUCAAAGAUAUUUCAUGUUCUAUUCUGUCGACUACCAUGUUCUGUAGAAUUACAUUGGCUAUUAGUAGCGAGUAACGCUAUGACAAUGCUUAAAACAGCUACCAAUACACAUAUUCGAACACUGGCUGAAAAGAACUUUGCUAUGACACUACAUGUUCUGAAACAACGAAUACAGUCAGUAAGCUGCCAACAAAUAGGAUAUAUGAAUUAUCAUGAUUCAGCAGACAAUGUGUGGGCCAACAUUGGAUUAGCCAACGAUUUAACAGAUGCCACAAGUUCUAGUACUGGUACCACUUCUGAAGCGCAUACAUUUAAAUCUGAAUUCGAUGCAGCGGACGAUCGUCUUGGCUCUUUAUCAAAUGAAGGAAGACCUCCUGCACCUUAUUUUGAUGAACUCAAACGAACGUUGAACACUUAUUUUGCAAAUCAUGAACAUACAAUCCUGAUCUAA